GGACUAUUUGUCCAUUCUUAUUUGCUACGACGAUACACAACAUCCGUCACGUGCCUUUACAGCAGUAUCACGUGCGACCGAUCGUUCGGUGUCGGCGGCGGAGGUGGAUGCUCGAGACCCUCACGAAGAUCUCUCUCUCCUCGCCUUCUCUUAUAAAUAAGCGUUUCAUCUCCAGGAAGCUUUUCUGAGCUCUUUGUGGUGUCUCUGUUUUACAAACCAGUCUUUUCCGCUCGCUGAAGCUUGCAGCAAGAGGAUUGCGGCCGAAGUUUCAGACUCUUUUGUAUGUUGAUGAUAAGAGAGGUUCAAAAUGAUCGGAUCUUUUCUCACUAGAACUCUCGCGUUGGUUUUUGGAUAUGCUUAUCCAGCGUAUGAGUGCUUCAAAGUUGUGGAAUUGAAUCGCCCAGAGAUUGAGCAGUUACGAUUCUGGUGCAAGUAUUGGAUAUUAGUUGCUGUUAUAACAGUUCUUGAGAGGGUUGGAGACAACUUCAUCUCAUGGUUGCCAAUGUACAGUGAAGCAAAGGUGGCAUUCUUUGUGUACUUAUGGUAUCCAAAGACCAGGGGAGCAACUUAUGUGUAUGAAACCUUCUUACAACCUUAUGUUGCGAGUCAUGAGAAUGAAAUUGAUCGCAAUCUUUUAGAGCUGAAAACAAGGGCAGGGGAUUUUGCUGUGCUUUAUUGGCAAAAGGUUGCAAAUUAUGGCCAGACUCGGGUAUAUGAGGUCCUGCGGUAUGUAGCUUCUCAAGCACCAUCACAACAAUCAAGGCCUCGAGCAACUAUGAGGCAGCCACUUAACCAAGGCACACAAACACAAGCUCCAGAAUCAUCCACUCUUCCUGUAGCAGCAGCGACGAUGGAAGCGGCAGCGGCGAUGGAACCAGCAGCUCAGGUACAGCAGCCUAAUCCACCACCUUCCAGUCUCGUAAAAACGGCUAAGCAAGAACAUAUAAAAACUGGAGUUGGCCCUUCAGUAAUCCUGAGUCCUUCCCAUACCUACUCAUCAUCAAUCAAUAUCCCACAACCUACUGCUUCGGAAGCCACAUCAAAACCAUCAGUAAGCGGUGAAGUAAACCAGUUCGCUGCUUCCGCCGCAUCGACAGCUUCCACCGCUGCCAAUGCUCAACCCGUGGAUGUGUCAAUGGAAGAGGCUGUUCGCAUGACACGUGGAAGGUUGAGAAGAAGAGCUGCCCCAAUUGACCCCACCUCCACUCGCUAGCCUGAAGUAUUCAUCCUUUUAUCGGUAUCUUAGUAAAUUUCUUCAUUUUGGCUGAUGAUCUUAAUUUUACGGGAGGCGUGUUCUGCAAUUGUAGCUCUGUUUUUAGUAUUAUU